AUGAAAGAUUAUCCAAAAGCACUUGAGAAUUUCGAAAAAUGUCUCUCAAUAUGGCAAAAAGCCUUACCUGAAAAUCAUCCGGAUAUAGCUUUUGCAUUUAGUAAUAUUGGUGAUGUUCAUCGAUUAAUGGGUAAUUAUGAAAAGGCACUUGCAUUUCAUGAAAAAGCAUUAAAUAUUCAAGAGAAUGUUCAAUGUGAUCCUAAGGACUGUGCAACGACAUAUAUAAAUUUAGGUGAAACUUAUCGUGAAAUGAAAGAUUAUUCAACAGCAUUGACAUAUUUCGAAAAAGGAUUAGAAAUACGUGAAAAGAAAUUACCAAAAAAUCAUCCUGAUUUAGCUGUUAUAUAUCAUAAUAUGGCAAAAUUAUAUUUGGCUACACGAAAAUAUAGUAUGGCAAUGAAAAAUAUUCAACAAGCAGUUGAAAUAGCUCAAGAAAAAUUAUCUUCAACUCAUCCUCAUCUUUUGGAAUAUAAAGAAACAUUUGAAAAAGUUCGAAUGAAAAUGUAA